UUCAAUGUCACAAAUCAUAUAUAAUCUUGUCUACACCUCAUGUGAAUAUUGAGAAAGAUCACAUUACAAGGGUGUACAAGUACACCAGUCCAGGUGUCACAAUUCGCAUUCCAUAUGAGCUAUGAUGCCCCCAAACACUAUAAGAUUACACUGAAACUGAAACAUGAAUUAUUUACUAUACAUAGGAAGGUAAUAAGGAAAAAGAAGGCCCAAAUUUACAUUCAGUGAUUCACAAUGCAUUUCAAUGUCCAGGUCAGAUUGAAGCCAAAAGCUUCUGAACAUGUGCAGUGAUGUGACAUCAGUAAAAUUCUUGAAAACCAAGUGAAAUUGUUCCACUUGUCGCCAGUUCCCGAUCCCCAUAUACAUGCCUUGUACUAAUUAUGACUAAGAUUACCAUGGGGACAAUCACAAGGACGCACAUUUAAUAAAUGUUCAUCUCUUUUAAGGUGUUUACAAUAUAUCUUCAUUCUGUGCAAACGGCAGAUCCAAGCGUUAUUGCAUACAUCUCAGAAAAUAUUCCAUUUGAUUCAAUGGAAAGUUAAGUAAAAGAACAAAAUUAAUUUGCUCCACAACAGCAAUAUCUAAGUAAAACAGAAAGAAAAAUAUCUCGGGGUAAAUUGUAAUAAAACACAUGCCGACAACACUGUGAUUGAUUCAUUGAUUGAGUAUAGUUUUACACCGCUUUUGUCAAUAUUCCAGAAAUAUCAUGGCGAGGUGACACCAGAAAUGGGCUUCACACAUUGUACCCAAGUGGGGAAUCGCCCCAGGUCUUUGGCGUGAUGAACAAAUGCUUAAACCACUAGGCUACUUUUGCUUAGCGAACCUGUCAGCACUGAAAGUGCAGUCCAAUAAUGCAGAUGAAUAUGUUCCCUUCUCAAUCCAUGAUCUGGACAAGUCCCCCUGGAAUCUACCCAAGCACAUUGCUGUGCAGGUUGACAAGAAUUUUAAUAAUUUUUGCUCAGAUGCCAAAAGUGGAAGAACAUAUCCUUGACGAUUUACUUUUCCCCCCGGCAGGACUGUUUACAUUAUCCUUUGCUUGAUCCUUAUUUAGGCUAUCUCUUUCAGGCUAAAGGGAAUACUUAGUAUGAGAAAAAGUAUGACUAUGCCCUUCAGUUCACAAAAAUUAUCUAAGAACGUAAGACCAAAGCUAAACAGAUCUUUGAAGCCGAGAACAGGUUGUCUCGUAGCCAGCUUAGCUUUACCAAACGACCUUAGUAAGUUACUAAGUACAUUGACCUCAAGGAGGAAGCUUCAUGGGGCGCCUUCAAAGUCAGAGCUACUCUUGACAGAGGAUGAAAUCAUAGACAGUCCACUCGAGGCAGAGGACAGCCUGGCCGUAACCGGCGAGUGGGUAUCCGUCUGAUUAUAUAUCUUGACAACAUCACUUGUAUGGCAGAAUCAACCAAACUUCUCAUCCAACACAGAGACUCUGUUGUUAGUUCUCUAAACUCUAGGAUUUGUGAUAAACUGGAAAACGUUUUGAUUCCAUCUUCAUCCAUAACUUUCAAUCAACUCAAGGCAUCUGAAUUUCAUUCUACCUCAAGAGAAGGUAGACAAUAUCCUCACCUCCUGUCAUCCUAAUGAAGGGAGAGAAUGUUAAAAUCAGAAAUCAGGCAAGUCCCAAUUGCGUGGAUCCAUGCUCAUGAUGUCAAUCACUGGAUUGCCUGUUCCAGACUCGAUUAUUUACAGACCACCGUCAUAUAGCUGGAAUAUUGCUAAGUGGAGCGUUAAACAACAAACAAAGAACAUUAUUCCAGCUCAGCUCUACUGCAGAUACCUCCAAAUGCAUGCAAGCAAGGAUAUACUGCAUCUUCACAGAUACGAGACGAAGAACUGAAGUGGUGGGUGAACAAGCUGUCAAACUUCAAUGGCAAGCCAAUUACGGCAGCGUACCCAGGCCUGAUCCUAUAAAAGUGAACGGGGGCAUCUAUCUGGACACCGACAUGCUGAUACUGCGGCCGAUAGAUGCACUACUCAACAUUAGUCUCACCAUGGGCCUAAUCGACGACGGGACAGGGAUGGGCAACGCCUUUAUUGUUGCCGAGAGGAAUUCAGGCUUCUUGCGAGAAUGGUACUCAGGAUAUCGUCAUUACAAUAAAUCCUUAAUCUUCGAGAACUCACUGUGGGCCGCCAAGCGCCUCUGGCUGAAGAGAAAAGAAUCUGUAAAUGAAAUAGCCUCCAUGAUAUACCGACCAAACUGGUUUGAGUCGGCUAAGUUGUUCAAACAAUCCGGUUAUGACUGGAAGUCUCGCUAUGGGGUUCACAUCUGGCAUCGUCACGGGCAUGUGCCCGAAAACCCAGAUGAGAUGAACAAACUCAAUACUACACUGGGGGAAAUAUUUAGAUUUGUGUAUUACGGUAGUGAAAAGAUGGUACAGUGAUGAACUAUUUAAUAGUAGUCGUAGUAUAGGUGGGUUUAGAGAGAAUACAACUCUUUACUCUUGUCCCGACCGCCUCCGUGAUCUUGUGGAAGAGCGGCUGCCGGUUACCGGAAGGUCGGGGUUCGCGUCAUACCAACAAGAUAUUGAAAGAUGGUACCUAUUGGAACCCUGCCUGGUGCCCGGCAAAACAAGGACAGGUCGGUCCAUGGUGUCUCAGGGCCUAGCACAAUAUAAUAGGCAUUAGUCCGGACUAGUACAAGCGCGCGCACGCACGCACGCACGCACGCACGAACACGCACGCGCACACACACACACACACACAUGGAUGCACGUGGCUAUAUAAGUGCAAUAGGAAGUGCUUAGCCUUUUAAUGUUGACCAUUUAAAACUCACAUUUCUGGUGUGAUGAAUUAAGUUGUAAGUUGGGAUCUAUUGUUGUCAAAGUUAAGUUGCACAAUUAUUUAAGUGCUUGUGCCAGAGAUACUGAUAAGCAAACUAAGCUGAAUUCUAAAAGUAAUGAGCGCCUUUCUUAUAUAUACAAUUGGCAAUGCUUAUUUCAUUGUCCCUGAAAAGGCGCACCAUCAUAUUUAAAAAAUUCUGGGGGGGGGGGCGCUGAA